UUUAGGUUAGAAGUUUUUUGGAAAGAAAAUUACCAAAACAAAGGGUUUUAUUAUCAAUACAGCGAAGUAAAUUAAAGAAUUCGAUAUGUCUAAAUCAGUGGCUCGACUUAAAUCUAUGAAAAAAGUAGCAGAUAAGGUAGACCAUUCGUCCAAACUACGAACUCAUAUUCCAGCAGGAAUGGCUGCUGCUGGUCCUCCUUUGGGUCCAAUGCUGGGACAGAGGAAUAUCAACAUCGCUGCGUUUUGCAAAGACUUCAACGAGCGUACAGCCAACAUCAAGCCUGGCAUACCAUUACCAACAAGAGUGAAAGUUAACUCGGACAGAUCCUAUCAGCUCACUAUUCAUCAACCUCCAGCUUCAUACUUCCUACUGCAGGCCGCUGGAAUUAAUAGAGGAGCUAUGGAGCCUGUGAAAGAAAUAUGUGGCAAAAUAACCCUGAAACAUCUGUAUGAAAUAGCCAAAAUCAAGUCACAAGAUCCACCCCUUGAAUGGAAAUCUUUAGAAGAAAUCUGCACUAUGCUGAUAGCAUCAGCCAGGACCUGUGGUAUUGAAAUAGUGAAGGAGUUAGAUGCAAAGGAAUAUGGAGAAUUCUUAGAAGAAAGGAAGAAGAUAGUGGAGGAACAGAAAAAAAUGCUGCAAGAAAAACGAGAAGCCAAAAUGUUAAGAACUGCAUAGUAUGUGAUUGUUAUUUAUUUAAUUGUAGAUAUUAUAGUUAUAGUUUCAUGUUUGAA